GAGGCGGCAACAUGAACACCAUUUUGGAGAAGAUUUUAAAAGGGGAAAUAACAUCGGAUGACUUAACCGAUCCUCUUCAGAUUGUUCAAAAUGAGGGUGAAAAAGAGAAGUUAAAACAGCACAAUAUUGGAGAGCUGGUCCCCUUCCUUCUCAACUACCUUAGAGAAAAAACCUUGCAUCACUUAACCCCACGACAAAGUGCUGCUCUGACACCCAAGAAGACAUCAGUGUCCCAUGGCAAAGGUGUACCGGAAAAAGCUCUUCACGUGGCAAAGGGCUCCUCUAGGGGGAAUGUAUUUCCUUCACAAAAGACCCCUUCUCCAUCCCCUGUUACUCCGCUGUCACAAAGUCGAAGAGAUACACCCUCUUCAUCGCCAAAUUUCAAGAGAAAGUCUCCUAAAGUGCCAGGAAAUGAGAGAAUUUCACUACUGGUUACACAGCCAAAGUUAAAUAUUGAUGAUCCCAAUGAUUUUCCACCCAUGAAAUCCACCAGGGACUGUUUAUCCUAA